AUGACCCGCGACGUCAAGAAGGAUGACAGCGAGUGGGGUGUCGACACGGAGAAGGUGGCAGGGACGCUGCGCAGCAGGAUGCAGGAGCAGGGCGUGCAGCUGGCGCCAGGGAUCCUGAUCAACGAGGAUGAAGACGCCACGCUGCACCGCUUUCUGCGAGCCCGCAAGUACGACGUAGAUGCCACGCUCAAGAUGCUCAAGGAUACGCUCAAGUGGAGGGAGCAGCUGAAUGUCGACGACAAGCUCGCGUCGGGAUACGACGUCGUGAAGCUGAAGACGAUUCGCGAGAACAGGCCUGCGACGUACGUCGGGUGGGAUCGCACCGGCCAGCCCGUGUACGUCGACCGGAUCGGUAUCCUGAACCAGCCGGCGAUGGAGAAGGCGGGGAUCACGAGUGAUGACGUCGUCGAGUUCCACAUCCGCGAGAUGGAGUUCUUCACCAAGCACAUGCUGAAGGACUCGUCCAAAAAGGCGGGCAACACGAUCGAGACGUGCUGCUCGGUGAUCGACGUCACGGGCUUGAAGCUCUCCAUGUUCACCAAGCAGGUCAAGGAGUUGUUUGCUGCCAUCAGCAAGGUGGACAGCGACAACUACCCCGAAACACUGGGACGGGUCUACGUGUUCGGCGCCGGCGUCGUGUUUCAGACUAUCUGGAAAGUGCUGAAGAUCUUCCUAGACGCACGAACGGCCUCGAAGAUCAAGGUCAUGGGCAGCGGCAAGAAGGCCCUGGCGGAGCUUCACGCGGCGAUUGAGCCCGACGUCCUGCCGGACUUUCUGGGGGGGUCGGUGGACUUCGAGUACCUGCGACGCAAGUGGGCCAAGGUCAUCGACGAUGCGAUGCGGAAGGAGGCCAGGGCGAAAGGCACUGGCUGGCCGUCGGCGGAGGAAGACGCCAUGCUGCACGAGUUCUACGGGGACGUCCAGCUGUCGCCGCGGCAGUCGCUGGACGACCAGCCCGUGAGUCCCCGGACGCGCCAGUCGCUGGAGAGCCACAAGAGCAAGGGCCUGUCCCUGAAGCGCGUGUUCUCGAAGAAGGAACGCAAGCCCGUGCACCUGGGCACCCCGCCGCCCUACGACGGCGUCUCCGCGGCGGUGUCGCAGGCGCUCGGCCGCGCGGACCUGCUCAUCGAGUACCUGAACACCCAUCACUCGUGA